UUAUUCAAAAUCAGUGUAAGGGGCCUGGGAACGACUGCGUUGCCUUGACAACAAAAUUAGAAGUAUUUUCCCAUGCGUCUCAUCAUGUACUAUCUGUAUGCAAAAUGUCAUUUGAUUUGAGCCAAUAAUAACUGAGCUAUGCUUCAGUUUACUAUUCAUUAAACAUACUUGCCCUACCAAUGACGUCACACGUUGUGCUGAAUCAGCAAUUUAUAUUUUGCACAUUUUUGCAUAUAACUUCGGAACCAGAUGAGAUAGAAUAGAGCAGUAAACGGCCAAUCGGCUUAUUUUUGCAUGCUCUUUCAGAUAAAGCAAUAAAAAUGUAUGAUGAAAUGUAUCAUAAAUGAAUGAUUAAUCUGCUUUAACAUAUCUUUGCCAAUUUGCGCAAAUUAAUGCUGGUUUACAAUAAAAUUUAUUUUGACCACACGCAGUUUUGUCUUUAAACAUUGAAACGUCAACCCAUAUUGACCAUAUACUCCACCAGACUGUAGCGUUGAUUAUGUGACCAGUGACCACGCGCAUUAUCCUUUGAUUUCCGAUCAUUUGCUGAUUUGCCAUAGUUCCCAACUUCCCAGAACAUUGUUCUUAACCGGUUAAUUAAUUCUAUCACAUGGCACCGAGUCAGGAGAUCCCAUGAGAUAGCACGGCGCAUGCGCGGGUUCAUUGCACGCCUCGUGUGGGUUCGAAGCGGACGAAGAAAAAUUUAGAGAAAAAUAUUUCAAGUUAAUUCAAGAAGAUUAAGCUACUUUCCUUGUGUCUACGUGGUAGAUACUUAAUCAAAAGCGUCCAACGUAGUUGGUAUCGCUGUGAUAACGGCCAAACCUUGUUUUGGCCCAAGAUUACUCAACCAGAAACCAACGUAGUUGUGUUCAUAGUGUGCAUAUAAAAUGGCCGAUGGCAAUGCACCGGUUGAGAGAAGGCAAAGAGAAGCCAGCUCUAGUCCUGGCCCUGUCGGCGACACAGUCUCGCCUCUCGCCGAGUUUAUGGAAGAAAUGAGAAAAUUCAAAGCCAGCAUGGCCUCCGAGAUGGCAUCCGUGCGUGGCGAAAUAAAUAAUUUCACCUCUACAUUUGACGACUCUACUUUUGACGACGAGCUUCGCCUGGACAUUGACGAAGGACAAGGUAGCGACUCGGAAACUGUGUCUACAUGUCUUGACACUAAAGUUGAACGUCUCCUUAAGGAAACCAGCAAGACGAAAAGUAGCGAGGAUUUGACGACAAGUUCAGAUAGCCUCCUUACAACUAUAGCACAAGAGCUCGAUGUUAGUGAACAGAUGGGCGCCGCUGUUCAAGAGCGUCUUGCCUCCAUAGUCGAGGGCCUUUUGAGCACCAAAUUAUCCGAUGAGAAAUGGCGAGAGAAAGUUGGGAAGUAUCCCCGACCCCAAAACUUAGAAAAUCUAAGAACUCCCAGAGUUAAUCCACUUAUAUGGAACCAACUCUCUGCUGGGGUUCGGACCAACGACGCCAAACAACAGCGAACACAGCAUGCUCUCGUUGGCGCCAUAGUUGCCAUGACGCAAGCGGCGGACCACGUGCUCAAAAGCGGAAAUCCUGAUGCAACGCUGAUAACAUCUUUGACAGAUGGCAUUGCAAUGGCUACCCAGUGUCAACAUGAUAUAAAUCAAGCACGUCGUAUUGCUAUGAAACAGGACAUGCACACAGAUUUUCAAGCACUGUGCAAUGUUCCAAUUCCUAGUGGGGAAUUUUUGUUUGGCGACUUGUCCAAACACACCAAAGAUAUUGCGGAUGCAAACAAGUUGGCGAAGAAAGUUCGCCCAUACCAGACUGCUACUGCACGAAGCAGACAGUCUAGUUCUGGCACUUAUAGCCGGUUUUCUACUGGGCAAUACAGACGUGGCCACCCAUAUCAACGACGUGAAAAUUUUUUCGACCGAGGUCGGUUUCACAAUGCAAAGAAAAAGAGAGGGGGAGCUGCAAAAAAGCAGUAAAUUCCUCAAUAACACAACCUGUACAUAGUAAGGUAAGAGAAACUGUCAGUUCAUAUUCAUUGCAUACUGUUGAUUCGUCUGACACGUCAAUAAUUGCUGGACGUUUAAAACAUUUUGUUGAUCGAUGGAAGCAACUGACCUCAGACCCAGUCAUAUUGAACUAUGUCAUGGGUGUUAACAUUGAAUUUAAUGAUCAACAUCCCAGCCAAUAUGCAGCCAAAGUUCGCCAUUUUAACAUGAGUGAAACUGCAAUUAUUGGAAAUGAGAUUAAUAAGCUUCUUAGCAAGGGGGUUAUUAUUCCCUCCAUACAUGAGCUAGGUGAAUUUAUUUCAUCAAUCUUUCUCAGACUUAAAAAAGACGGCUCAUAUCGUAUGAUACUUAACCUCAAGUCUUUCAAUGAAUUUGUGAAGCAUCGCCAUUUUAAAAUGGACACUUUAGAUGCAGCAGUAAAAAUGAUGAAGCCAAAUUGUUAUAUGGCCUCUAUUGAUCUCACUGAUGCCUAUUAUAUGGUGCCAGUGCAUGCGGCAGACCAAAAGUUCCUAAAAUUUGAAUUUUUGGGUCGCCUCUAUCAGUAUACCUGCCUUCCAAAUGGACUCUCGAGUGCUCCACGUAUAUUUACAAAAUUACUAAAACCAGUAUAUUCUACCCUACAUAGUAUGGGCCAUAUGAGUUCAGGGUACAUUGACGACUCCUACCUCCAAGGGGACACCCCUGCAGAAUGUUCUCGCAAUAUAUCAGCCACAAAAACACUUGUGACAGAGUUGGGAUUUAUACCUCACCCCAAGAAGUCCGUCACUGUCCCAACACAAAUUCUUGUGUUUCUUGGGUUUAUACUUAACUCAAUCAACAUGACAGUCUCCCCAACACAGGAGAAAAUAGACAAGACAGUGGCCGCUUGCAAACUAUUGUUAGCUAAAGCUGCAACUACAAUACAACAGGUUGCAGAAGUAAUUGGUCUAUUAGUCUCCAAUUUCCCUGGAGUGGAGUAUGGGCCUUUGCAUUAUCGAGAACUAGAAAUGGCUAAAUCUGCAGCAUUAACAUUAGCUUGUGGGGUCUAUGGUGCUAAAAUGACAUUAACUGAUAGGUGCAAGCAUGAAUUGGAAUGGUGGAUUACAAAUCUACCAAAUUCCACUCGUAAGAUUAUUCAUGGUAAACCAUUUGCUAUCAUUCAAUCUGAUGCUUCUACACAAGGAUGGGGGGCAGUCCGAGAGGGUACCUCUACAGGGGGUAGAUGGAGUACCAUUGAACAACAGGCACACAUCAAUGUGCUAGAACUCAAGGCAGCCUUUUUUGCCUUGAAAUCACUCUGUGUCAAUGACAGAGAUGGGCACAUUCAUUUGCAGCUUGAUAAUACAACUGCAGUUGCUUAUCUUAACAAAAUGGGGGGGACACAAUCUAGACCUCUCAACCAGUUAGCAGUUGAAAUCUGGCAGUGGUGCAUUGAAAGGAACAUUUGGAUCUCUGCAACUCAUAUAGCUGGCAAGGUUAAUGUUGAGGCAGAUAGAAUGUCUCGAGUAUUUCAUGAUAAGAAUGAGUGGAAGUUAAAUAAGCAAACAUUUCAGAACAUCUUAACAAAAUUUCCCAGCCUGGAAGUUGACUUGUUUGCAAGCCGAGUAAAUUUCCAACUUGCACAAUAUGUUGCAUGGCGACCAGAUCCUGGGUGUAUUGCAGUUGAUGCUUUUACAUUAAACUGGGAUACUAAGAUGUUUUAUGCCUUUCCACCAUUUAGUUUAGUUCCUCGUUGCUUGCAAAAGAUACUACAAGACCAAGCCUCAGGAGUACUAAUCGCUCCCUUCUGGCCGACCCAGGCCUGGUUUCCACAACUAUUACAGCUACUGUUCGAUCAACCAUGGAUCCUCGCACCAUCAACAAACCUCCUGCAGCACCCAGUUCAGUUGAUAUCACAUCCACUAGCCAAAACCCUUCGCCUGAUGGUUUGUCCUGUCUCCGGAAUCGCUUCGCGGCAGAUGACCUUUCAGAAGAAGUUACAGAUAUCAUUAUGUCAUCUUGGAGAACAGGUACCAAGAAACAAUAUUCCACCUACAUCCAAAAGUGGUUGGACUUUUGUCGUCAAAGGACGAUUGCUUGUCAUUCACCAACAAUGA